GCCAGGCUCCGCCCCAGUAGACAUACUGCGCAGAGUCUCACGGUUUCUGUUUAGCUGUUGUAGAAGACGUAAUGUAUUAAAAUACCUUUAACUUUACUUUUGUUCGCGGGUAACAAACCGGUCGAAUGUUUCGACGGACCGGAAACAAACACAUGCACUAGGAGUCAUUAGUGAAGUCUCUUUAACAUGGACAAAAUAGCUCACGAUGUUGGUGACAUACAGUCAAGAUUACUGGACCAUAGGCCAGUUUUACAAGGAGAGAUCAGGUACUUUGUAAGAGAAUUUGAGGAGAAGCGAGGCUUUAGAGAAUGCCGUCUACUAGAAAACAUGAACAAGUUGGUGUAUGAGACCAAAGAACAAGUUCUGCCCAGAUGCACCAAGUCCAUGCAAGCAAAUUUACCUGAUGCUCUUAAUCAAUUGGAAGAUGUAAAUCAUAUGACGCAGAGAAUCCAGAAGAGGGAGCUAGAACAUCAGCAUAGCAUUCUUCUGCAAGAGGGUACAGAGAAGCGUAAAGCAGACUGGGAGGACUUCCUGAAGGAGCAGUCUCGGUUAAAGGAGGAGGUAGAUGAGGAGCAUGCUAAAGCCGUGGGCAGACUCAGUACUCAGUACAGUGAGAUGAAGAAAGACCAUGCCAAGUUCUCCCAAUUCUAAUUAUCUCCAUGGAUGUUCCUGUUUGGGCAGUAUUUUUGGUAUUUUGUCUGGCACAAGUAAAUAUUUUUUCUGAAGACACACCAUCUUUCAAUGAGAUGUGAUUAAAGUCUGUAUGCUGUGUUGACAGCAACUUGCUAAACAGAGGACAAUGAAGGCCUAAGGAAACCUGUAAUUAGUUUUUUUAGAGAAUCAUCAUGUUUGCUUUAUUUAGUCUGUGCAAGUACACAAACAUGCAAGAAGUGAAGGGACAUCCAUAGUUUUAUGGUAAAAUAUGAGUUUGAGCAGGUAAUGUUCAGCUAUCAAUGCAUUAUUAAUACUUUGUUGACUUUCCCUCACUGGCCUUCAAUAGCCUAGACGUACUGUAGAAUGAGAAAGAUCAGCCGAUCUUCAAACAGCAUCUUCAAGGUCAGCCAGAUUGGUGUUUAAACAAUAAAUCGAGUUACUAUAAAAUAAUAUAUUUAGCAUUAUUAGCAUGUGUCCAUGCAACAGUCCACUUUCAGAUUGACCAACAAUCCAGGCUCUUUUAAAAUCAUAAGGAUUUUUGCUUACAUAUGUGCAUAUUCUAACCUGAAAAGAAAGAAACAAAUAGUAGUCAAAAUAAUGGCAACAAAUAUUGAUGCACUCUCGUAUCUUAACCUAUGGGUGUUUAUUAACAUAUUGUAUGACUGUAUGCUCUGAAUUUUUUUUUAUAUGAGAUCAGAAUUAAGAGAGAAUUUCACAUGUGGUUUCCAUUAAAAUAUUUAAUUAUUAAUCAAAAUGUGACCACAUUGCAAAGAUUUGGUAUAUUAUCUUGAAUCCUGUCAUGGUUGAAAAACAGUUAAAUCUGAUUCAACAACUUCUGUCAUCAGUGGUCAUCAAUCUCCCAAAUGUUUGCUUGUAGGGUACAGUAUAUAUUGAACAACACUUAACUAAAAGUCAAAGUAACAGCUAUACAGUACAUGCAACACCAGACAGCUGUAGAGAUGUACAAAAAUAUCUGAAUGAAUUUUUAGGAAAUGUUUUGUAUCACAUAUUUUUACCAAUUAAAUUCGUCCUACCACGACUGUUUUUGGGCAGGGACACGACGUUGCUAUCAGAUCAAUGUUUGCUGGGUUACUAUUAAUGUGAUCCAGUCACCACAGUAGGGAUUUUAUCACUGACAAGAAAUUACCACUAUUAAAUUAACGUGAUUAAUUCAUGCAUGGAGCAACAGGGCGCUGCAAUAGUAUUUCCACCUCACAGCUCCAGUAUUUUGGGUUCAGUCAUUUGUUUUGGUUAAUGCUCCGUGAGUUAGACAUCAGUUUUAUUUAAGGGCUUUAAAUAAACAU